ACGCCAUCGCUUGCGUGCGCGUAGCAUUUAACCAACCGCAACUCCCCCCAAUCCCCACUCCUCCCCCUACCCUCUCCCACCUCGCCUACAUUCCCCCCCCCCCCCCCCCAAUCCCCACUCCUCCCCCUACCCUCUCCCACCUCGCCUACAUUCCCCCCCCCCCCCCCCCCCAUCCGCCGGCGAUCGAUACCGUCCGCUCCGCCUCCGCCUACGCAGUUGCUCUCCGUCCGUCCGUCCGUCGAUCGAUCCCGUCUGCCGCUGUCUGCCUGCCUGCGCCCGCGUGCGGUCGAGGAGCAAUGGCGCGGAGCUCGUUCAAGCUGGAGCACCCGCUAGAGAGGAGGCAGGCUGAGGCCAACCGCAUCAGGGAGAAGUACCCCGAUAGAAUCCCUGUCAUUGUUGAGAAGGCUGAGAGAAGCGAUAUCCCAGACAUUGACAAGAAAAAGUACCUUGUUCCUGCCGACCUCACAGUUGGACAGUUUGUCUAUGUGGUACGGAAGCGGAUCAAGCUCAGUGCCGAGAAGGCGAUCUUCAUCUUCGUAAAGAACACCCUCCCGCCAACAGCCGCUCUGAUGUCCGCCAUCUACGAGGAGAACAAGGAUGAGGAUGGCUUUCUCUACAUGACCUACAGCGGCGAGAACACCUUCGGGCUGUUCUAAGCGCAUGGCGUCGCGAAUGUUGCAAAUGCCUCCUGUAAAUACAUACAUCUCAAGAACCUGUGUACAUAAUCUGGUCCGCCUUUGUCGCUAGCAGCUCUUAAGCUGUGUUCUGCUAUUAAAAAAGACCUUUGAAGCGUAAAACGCUCGGCACAUUUAUGUAGCCCUCUGGUUAAACUGGUGCUUCAGAAAUUCUAUGAAGUGUUCGUCGCUGAUGUCAGUAA